AUGCUUCUUGACGAGCACCCCGCAGUUAUCAUCGGCCAAUGCGUUUCGAACUUCAAUGUCGCACCCGACAAGGCGGCGAUCUCGCGCAGUGCCAGCUCCUACAAUGACCUCGAGAACCAGCGCAAAAGUCAGAUCAAAGUCGAACAGGACAAGCUGCAGCAGCUGUCCCGGCAGCUGGGCUCCCUCCAGUCCCAGCACAACCUUACAACCAAAUCGCACAACCCGGCCGAGCACGCCGCCGAGAUCUUGCGCCUGGACACGGAGAAGUUCAAGGUCGCGAAGCAAGUCUCUGACCUGGAGAUCGAGGAAGAACGCCUGGCAUCGGAGCUCGAGCGUCUGAAGGCCGAGCUAGAAGAGGUCGACGCGCAGGGUAUUGAAGGCGGAGAUGUCAGAAGGGCACACAUGAACGAUGAAGACUCUAUCUUGCUUCAGCUCCGGGUUUACCGCAUGCUGGGCAUCAAGCCCGAGAUCGACCCUUCGACUGGCAACUACAACAAAGCUACUAUCACCAAUCCCAGCAAGGGUGAUGUGCACCUGGUCACAUUUGAUCCGCAGUUCUCGCGGUAUUUCUAUGCCGACUACAUCUGGAAUCGCAUGUAA